CUUAUCAUCGAGUUGUCCUGCUUAUGAAAUGUAAGUAACCAACUUCGAUCAAGAAUCAUCAUAGAUACUUUGAUAAACUAAGGAACUGGUGUUUUGAAAGGGUUUUACAUAAAUUCACUGAGCACAAUCUUCCAUUAUUGAUAGCUUGUUAAUAGAAUCGCUCACUCAAAUGAUGAUAAAAGUUACGGAGUGUUCCGAGAAGACAGAUGAUCGUGAGACCAAAGACCAUGAAGAAAAUGAAAAGACAUAUUUCCAAGACAACAGCAAUUGCACAAGCAUCGCCGUAAAUGAAAAGACCAUUUUAAACAAUGAUCUGUGUUCCCCAAACGUCCACAGUCAAAUAAACCGAACCUACGCAGAGAGGAGGCGUAAAUCCAAAGGAAAACACGAGGAAAUAACGCACGCUUGCGUCUUAUGCGAGAAAAUUUUCACAAGAAAACCAGACUUGGACCGACAUACCCGAAAUAUACACAUUCUGACGACUGGCUCACACAUGUGCUUCGUUUGUCAGAAAAAAUUCAAAGAAAGAGCCCAUCUAAAACGCCAUUUACAGAGUGUACACGGCGAAAAUAUGCCUGCCCCUUUUUCUUGUGGCAUGUGCCAGCAAUCUUUCACCACGGAGAUAUUGUUACAGCGACAUAUGGUCGUCCACAGCUCUGCUACUCCGUUUCAAUGUGAAAUAUGUUCAAAAUCAUUUGUUACCAAACGAAAUUUAGCCAUGCACGUAUCAGCGGUGCAUUUGAACGAAAGGCCAUUUAAAUGCGACGAUUGCCACAAAAAUUUCGCUCGGAAGAGUCAUCUUGACCGCCAUAUGAUGAGCCACAGAAACGAGAAACCGUUUAAGUGUGAGUGCUGCGACAAGAAGUUCUUGACAGAGAGCAAUCUCAGAGCUCACACAAAACGAGUGCAUUUGAAAGAGAAAAACUACGAAUGUGGAAUUUGUAGAAAAAGAUUCUUUUGUACUAAAGCUCUCAUGUAUCACAUGAAAACCCACACGGGAGAGCGGAAUCAUAAAUGUGAAACGUGUGGUAAAAAGUUCAUUUUAUUAAAAACCCUGGAAACUCAUCGUCACCUUCACACCGGAGAUCGACCUUUUGAAUGCGCGUACUGUGACAAAACUUACGUCAUUGCUGCGCAUCUCAGACGGCAUAAUAAGAGUGGAGGAUGUACCAAGAAUAUCACAAAGAAAAAGAAAGCACAGAAAAAAUAAUUACCAGUAGCGCGAAUGUAUAGUGAGGACUGGGUAGAGAAUGAUUACUGGUAGUACCGCAAAGUAGUAGUACAGUGAGGACAGGUUAGACGGAAUGUGCAGACAGUUCAGCUUCUAGUAAUACAGGUACAGUGAAGACAGAAUAAUUACUAGUAGUGCGGAAAUCGGAAUGUAUAAGGAAGCUGAAUUUAAAUGAAGGACCAUUGUGUCAAUAGUUGUGGCUAAUGAAACCUUUACUUUUGUUAACAAUAUGCACCCCAUUCUCUUAGUGAACAGGAUACAUUCUGACAAUGAGUUUUGGUGUGUACAGAAUGUAAUUGCAUAUAUUUGUUUCUGAAUUAUCAAUUUAGCGCUAACUACAAAAUGCAUAAUUGUUCUUUCAAGGUGCAUUGGUAUUCAUACGCUUGGCUUCUAACUGAGUAUUGAUUUUAAAAUAAAUGUCAGGACUGGACUUUC